AUGGUAGGCGGUCAGGUGAUUAUUCUUCAUCCUUACGGGCAGCUUGAUAUGGAAUUAUUUUCAAAAACAAUUACUCAUCAUCAAGUGUCAUAUCUGGGCACUGUACCAUCUCAGAUGAUUAAUUUAACUAAGUUUCUAAAUACUACAAAUCGAAAUUAUGUUUUUGAAACGCUUCGAUGUGUAUCAACCGGAGGUAUUGAAAUAGUUGUAAAAGUACAAGUUUUUUUUCAAAAUUUUUCGUUUUUAAUGUUAGGAGAAUCGCUAUUCGUUGGUACUGUUGUUGAUAUCCAGCGUUACCUAAAAAACAACUGUCAGAUUUACAACUAUUAUGGUCCUACUGAAUGUACAGAAGCAGCAGUUGAACAUUUAAUAAAAGAAGACGACCUCGCUCGUGGUUCUAUACCGCUGGGACAGCCCAUGACAAAUAUUUACAUCUAUGUCGUCGACAAGUACUUUCAACCUAUUAUACCAGGCAUGCAUAUGGGUGAAAUUAUUAUUGGGGGUGCUGGUGUGUUCGCCGGUUAUCGUAGUCGAAAUGAGUUAACGGCACAAGCUAUGUGUCAAAUCAAUGAUGAACUCUGCUAUAAGACAGGAGACUUAGGAUGUUUUAAUCCGCAAACCCGUUGUUUUGAAUACUGUGGUAGAGAAGAUUACCAAGUGAAGCUUCGAGGUCAACGUAUUGAAUUAAGUGAAAUUGAAUCAGUGAUUAUGAGUAUUACCGCAAUGUGUGUUGUUGUCAAAGUAGUACAUCGCAAUAAUGACUAUCUUGUUGCUUAUGUCGAAGAAAAGAGCUAUAGUGUAAAUGAAGAACAACUUCGACAGCAUUGUCAGUCUCAUCUUCCACCACAUAUGAUUCCAUCAUUUUUUAUUAUUCUUGAUAAAUUACCAUUGAAUCAAAAUGGAAAAAUAGAUCGAAAAUUACUCCCAUCACCUGACUAUUCAUCGCCAACUGUGCCAUCGUUAAGUGAAUUUGAUACACCAGUCAAUCAAGUAGAAAAAAGUGUGUAUGAUAUUUGGUGCCAAGUGCUGGAGCACAAUGGACACCAUAUAUCAACUACUACAAACUUCUUUACUAUUGGAGGUCAUUCUCGUUUGUUUAUUGAACUUUAUCAUCGUUAUCAAACUAUUUUUGGUUUCGAUAGUCGUACAUUAUCUAUUAGUCCGCUUCUUGAGCAACCAACUAUUCAACAGCAUGCAAAGUUAUUAAAGGCAGUCACAACUGAUGAUAUUCGAAGGGAACAAUGGUAUACUCUGCACAUUAAUCAAAGUAUGGCAUCAUUCGCUCAAGAACGUAUAUUUUUGGAUGAACAAAUUCGAUUCUCUAAUAAACAUAUUUUCUAUAAUAAUUCUGUUGCACUACGAGUUACCGAAGGUGUGUUAUCAAUAAAUCGAGUACUACAAGCUCUCCAAUUGGUUUUGAGGAAACAUGAAAUAUUGCGUACUUCACUCGUGUUUAAUAAUGAUGAUAGUACACUACAACAAUAUGUCAUUGACAAUCACAAUACAUUUACCUUUCUUGAUCAGCAAACUUUCGAAAGUGACAAUGAACUUCAAAAUAUUAUUUAUCGAACGGUUAUCAAUCCUGAUUUAUUUGAUUUGUCUAGUGGUCGAGUUUUUAGUUGCCAGAUACUUCAACAGCAGAAGACUACGUAUGAGACUGCUCACACAGACUUCCUUGAAAAGUCUGAUGUUCUUGUAUUAUAUUUCCAUCAUGCAGCAGUUGAUGGAACUUCUAUACCAAUCCUGUUGAAUGAUUUCUAUAAUGCUUAUAGUAAUAACAUGACAAUUUCGUUUGAUGAACAAUCAGUGCAAUAUAUUGAUUAUGCUAUUUAUGAACGGCUUAUGGAUAUGACAUCGUCUCGUAGCUUCUGGUAUUCUCAACUAGAAAGAUUUAAUCUCAAACGUGCAUUAAAGCUACCAGCUGAUAGACACCGUUUGUCAACUGUUCAACGAUCUGGCUUGGCGUCGAUAGCUCAAAUCUCUUUUGAUAAGGAGCUGUCGAUGAUGUUUCUCAAUUAUGCUUCCUUACAUCAAAUUACACCUUUUCAGCUUGGUUUGGCUGCAUUUUAUGUAUUUCUACUCAAACUAACUCAUGGAGAAACUGAUUUAUGCAUUGCAUCUAUUAAUGCUAAU